AUGUGUCCUGGCAUCACAGACAAUCUACUUGAGGUUGAUGACACCCGCAAAACAGCAAUCAUCGACCGUGAGCUAAAGAGGCUCAACAUUGACAUUGCUGCUCUGAAAGAGACAAGACUCUCUUCAGAUGGCAGUAUCAGAGAGGAAGACUACACUAUAUUUUGGCAGGGCAGAGAACCACAGGAAAGGCAACAGCAUGGUGUUGGAUUUGCAGUAAGGAACUCCUUACUCUCCUCAAUUGAACCACCAAGCAGAGGCACAGAACGCAUCCUCUCACUUCGACUGCAAAAAGACUCAGGUCCAGUGAACAUCCUGGGCACGGAUCAUGACUCCUGGCCCAAAUGCAUCGGACGCUUCGGCAUUGGAAAACUGAACGAGAAUGUUCAAAGAUUGCUAGAAGUCUGCACCUAUCACGACCUAUGCAUUACGAACACGUUCUUCUUCACAAAACCAUGCCACAAGGUAUCCUGGAGACAUCCCAGAUCUCAUCACUGGCACCAGCUUGACCUUGUUAUUACACAAACUUCAUCCUUAAACAGCGUCCAAGUCACUCGUAGUUACCACAGCGCUGAUUGUGGCACAGAUCAUUCACUGAUUGCCAGCAGGGUGCGCCUUCAGCCCAGGCGAAUACAUCGCUCAAAGCAGAAAGGUCGCCCCCGCAUAAACACUGCCAAGAUAUCGAAUCCUGACUUGCAUGAUCUCUUCGCCGAUUCCAUCGAACAGGCCCUCCAGGACUGUCCAUCUACUAGUGCUGAAGAGAGAUGGAAUCACAUUCGCGAUGCUAUCCAUCACUCAGCCAUGGAAAUAUAUGGCAAAAGAGAAAAGCAAAACCCAGACUGGUUUGUAGCUGGAAUCGCAGAAUUGGAGCCUGUCAUCGAAGCAAAGCGAGCAGCACUCGCUAACUACAAGAGUGAUCCAUCUGUGAAGACACUCACAGCUCUACGAACAGCAAGGAGAGAUGUCCAACGGGUUGCUAGACGCUGUGCCAACAAUUACUGGUUGAGCCUUUGUCAGAGCAUCCAACUGGCUGCAGAUAACGGGAACACCCGGGGUAUGUACGCAGGCAUAAAAAAGGUCUUUGGACCAACCAUCAAGAAGACAUUACAACUCAAAGGAUCCACAGGGGAGGUUAUCACAGACAAAAAGCUUCAAAUGGGAAGAUGGAUUGAGCACUAUCAAGAGCUGUACUCACGGGAGAUUGAGGUCAAUGAAGCUACCAUUGAGAGUAUUGAAAGCUUACCUGUCAUGGAAGAUCUUGAUAGUGAACCCUCAGAAGAGCUGAAAAAGGUUGUGAACUCCCUUUCUUCGGGUAAGGCCCCAGGAAAAGAUGGCAUACCCUCAGACAUAAUCAAAGUCGGAAAGGACACAUCUCUUCUACGCCAUCUCUAUGAGCUUCUCUGCCAAUGCUGGAAAGAGGGAACGAUUCCACAUGAUAUGCCUGAUGCUAACAUCAUUACCUUGUACAAGAACAAAGACACUCUCUCUACUUUCAAAACUGGGCUUAAAACUCACCUGAUGCUCAAUGCAUAUUGUUAA